AUGGACACCGGCGACAUUGGUCUGCUGAUUGGCGUGGAUGCUGCGCCACUCCACACAGCACUGGAAGAGCGACGAGGCCCCGAUGAUGCGCCGAUUGCCCGUCGGACCCCGCUCGGUUGGGUUUGCUAUGGCCCCACAGGUACAAGCACUGAGAGGUCCCAGUCUAUCAUCACGAACUGUGCCACCGCAGCUGUACGAUCAGAAAUUACCUCCGCUGGCACAGAACCGCGUCUGGAUGAGCUCGUCCUCAACCUAUGGGAUACUGAGUCCAUCGGGGUUGUGAACGCUGACCAGCAAUACCGCACACCAGCAGAACGUGAAGCGGAGGAACUGGCCAAGGCUACCAUGCGCCAUGAUGGGCAGCGGUACGAAAUCGGUCUUCUCUGGAUCCGCCCAACUGGUCCGAACAUCACAUCAAACCGCGCUCAAGCUGAACAGCGCUUGAGAGGUCUAAAAAAGACCCUGUCAGCCAAGCCAGCAAUCCAGGCAGAAUAUCACCGCGUCCUUGCAGCACAUCUGGAGAAAGGGUACAUCCGGACUGUGCCUGAAGCCAUCGCCGCAGCAGACUGCCAGCGCCAGUGGUACCUACCACACUUCCCAAUCGUCCGGGAGGACAAGAGUACCAGCAAGGUUCGUGUUGUGUUUGACGCUGCUGCUGUCUGGAAAGGUCGCAGCAUCAACGCGGAAAUGCACACGGGACCACGCCUACAGAACGACAUCGUUCGCAUCCUGUUGCGGUUCUCUGCUGAACCAGUAGCUCUCGUUGCCGACAUCAGUGAGAUGUUUAUGCAAGUAGGGCUCAAAGAAGAAGAUCGGCGAUUCACUCGGUUUCUGUGGCGUGCCAGCCGAGACGAUGAUAUGCAAGUGUACGAGUUUAACCGGUUGGUCUUCGGCCUAAGAGCAUCACCCUAUCUCGCCGGCAAGGCUCUACUGCAAACAGCACAAGAUUUCGCGACCGACUCGAUGCGCAGCAACGACCUUGUCCAAGUGGUCGAGGAGAGCUUCUAUGUUGACGAUCUUCUGGACUCCUUCCAGUCAGCUUCUGUGGCAAUAGAUGCCCAGCAACAACUGACACAGCUACUACAGUCUGGUGGUUUCAAGCUUCGCAAGUGGCUAAUCAACUCUACUGAGGUGAUUGAGUCCGUGCCAGAAGCCGACAGAGCCCUGCAGGUGUCCCUGGAUGUCAACAGUAAUCAGCACUGCACUCUACCGUCGUCUAAGACCCUGGGCGUCAUGUGGCUUGCUGACAAGGACGUAUUUACCUUCCGAUAUAAGGCACCAGAGGCGUCCCAGCAAUUAACCAAGCGAUACGUUCUACGGCAGAUGGCAAUGAUCUUCGAUCCAAGAGGUCAGCUCACACCGUUCACGAUGCGUGCACGAGUACUGUUUCAGGAGGCAUGUGUCGCUGGAUAUGGUUGGGACGAGCCGCUGACUGACGACGACACGGCUCGUUGGAAGCGCUGGCUAUCAGAGUUACCCGACCUGGCACAGAUCCACGCUGACCGAUGUUUCAAGUACACCGAUGCGGAUCCAACCUGCGUGAAGACGGAAGUUCACACGUUCGUCGAUGCAUCGGAUGCAGCUACAGCAGCAGCCUGCUACGUCCGUUCUGAAUAUCCAGACGGACGCGUGAAGGUGACACUGGCAUUCGCUAAGUCACGGCCAACUCCUAUCAAGAAGCUAAGUAUCCCGAAGCUCGAGCUGAAAGGAGCAGUCCUUGGAGUACAGCUAAGUAAAGAACUGGAAGCAGCGCUGAAGAUACCAUUGACGGAGCAUCGUUUCUGGACGGACAGCCUCAAUGUGUUGUACUGGCUGAGAUCCCACAGCCGACGAUUCAGCACAGACAUCGGUGUAAAAAUCUCGGAGAUUCAACGUGCCACAUCACCUCUGCAAUGGCAACAUGUGCCCGGUAAGAUCAACCCGGCAGACCUACCCACACGAGGAAUGCCAGCCACCUCGCUAGCAACGAGCAGCACAUGGUGGACAGGACCAGAGUUUCUGUCCAAGCCAUCGACCGAGUGA